UUCCACACCCGUGCCCGAUGAGCCGCGGGACUCAGAAUUGGUAGCUCUUGCUUGCUCUGCGUCGAGUCGCGUGGUGAACAUUAGUGUGAAAGUCUCCAUACCACGGAGCAGAGAGACUGGGUCCGUGAAUAGAGUCUCCGGGACUUAUUCUUCGGAACUCACUCGCGUCUGACAAUUUACAUCGUGUACUAUAUUAAUGUACAAAAAUAUGAAAAGCCGUAAAGUGUGUAAAUAAUAAAAAUGUUGCCGCGCCGACGAUUCCAGGUUCUGGUGCUCAUCAUCUUAACGCUUUGCCAAGUAUCGACUAAUAAUAAACCGAUCUCGCCAAGUCAACAGCAAAUUGUGAUGAGCGAAGGAGAGUCUUUAAAGAUUAUAUGCACUGGUUUCACACCAAUUAAGUUUGUUUAUCCCGAUGAAUUUGGAGAAUUGGUUAAUACUUCAACUCCGGAAAUAAACGAAACUGAAGAAAAUGGAAUUUACAAGUACAUUUUCCAAAGAUCAAAGGCCGUCUUCGGUGAUACAGGCUGGUACGGUUGCACUGAUCAUAAUAUGGAAAUUAUUACAAAUUCUUCCACAAUAUCCUCUCUCCUCGAGGUGAACCAGUUGUAUGUUUAUGUAAAAUCCAGUACAAAUUUAUUUGUGGAAGCAGAUACUUAUGCUCAUCUAAAUGCAAUUGCUGGUGGCAGCAUUGUAAUACCAUGCAGAACUACAUCGCCAGACUUAAUACCCAUAUUGUUCGAUAAUAAUGAAGAGGAAAUAAAGGCGACAUUUGAUCCGAGAAUUGGUUUUACGAUUACGAAUUUACUGGUGAAGGAUAGUAAUUGGUACAAAUGCUCGAUAGAGAAAGAUGGCGAAGAACACAUGGUUAAUUAUGUGUUGUCUGUACAUCGUAAGUACGGUUUCAAUUCGAGAUGUAAAUUUAACUAUAUAUGUAUAUAUAGAUGUAUAGAAUAUUUUAUUUUUAAAUGAUUCAUUGAGAUAUCUCGAAA